CAGGGCGGGUGCCAUGGCGGGCGCGGGGGCGGCGCGCGGCAGCCCAGAGCUGGCCGGGGCCGCGGGGCCGCCGGGCCGGGCGGAGCAGCAGCAGCAGCAGCCGCAGCCGAGAGCCGCCGCGAUGUCGUCCGUCGCCUCCUACGAGAGCCUGGUGCACGCCGUGUCCGGCGCCGUGGGCAGUAUGACUGCAAUGACUGUAUUUUUUCCUUUGGAUACAGCUAGGCUUAGACUUCAGGUUGAUGAGAAGCGGAAGUCAAAGACAACACCGGCUGUCCUUUUGGAAAUUAUCAAAGAAGAAGGCCUGUUGGCACCAUAUCGAGGAUGGUUCCCUGUUAUCUCCAGCCUUUGCUGCUCCAAUUUUGUUUAUUUUUAUACAUUUAAUAGUCUUAAAGCCCUCUGGGUCAAAGGUCAGCAUUCGACCACUGGAAAAGACUUGGUUCUUGGGGUUGUUGCAGGAGUAGUGAAUGUUCUCUUGACCACCCCUCUCUGGGUAGUGAACACACGCCUGAAGCUGCAGGGAGCAAAAUUCAGAAAUGAAGACAUUGUACCAACCAAUUACAGAGGUAUAAUAGAUGCUUUUCAUCAAAUAGUACGAGAUGAAGGAGUCUUAGCUCUGUGGAAUGGCACUUUCCCCUCCUUGCUGCUGGUCUUCAAUCCUGCCAUACAGUUUAUGUUUUAUGAAGGCUUUAAACGAAAGCUUUUGAAAAAGCAGCUGCAACUCACAUCUUUGGAUGCUUUUGUCAUUGGUGCAAUAGCCAAAGCAGUUGCCACCACCCUCACUUAUCCUCUGCAGACAGUACAGUCAAUUCUACGGUUUGGACGUCACAGGUUGAACCCAGAGAACCGAACACUGGGCAGUCUUAGAAAUGUUCUUUACCUUCUUCAACAGAGAGUGAGGCGUUUUGGAUUGGUGGGACUCUACAAAGGCCUUGAAGCAAAGCUCCUGCAGACAGUCCUUACUGCUGCUCUUAUGUUUCUGGUGUAUGAGAAACUGACUGCAGCAACCUUCACAGUCAUGGGAUUAAAGCACUCGCGCAGACAUUGAGGAGGAACCUAUGCCAAAGAUUCUGGGGUCUAGAAAACACAUUCCAUUUCUGAGACCUGGCUGGGUAAACAAAGGGUCCUCGCUUUCUCUGCUUCUCUUUUUAGCCACCUUUACCUCCAGUAUUUGGAGAAAUCUGGAAUAUGCUCUAUAGGACCUGUUGCCACGAAUUCAGGGAUAGCCUAUUCCCUAUUGUUCUGUGUACUCACUGUGUUAAGAAAAAAACCAGAGACCUUAUUUAAACACUUGACAUGAAAUUUAAACUAUUACGUGAUUUGGUUGAUACUCUUGGCAAGAAUGAUUAUCUCUAACUAUGCUUUCUUCUUUGCCCUCAAAUUGUCCUCAACUAUUCUUGUAUCUUUAUCUUCUGUCAGCAGCUGGUGGGGCUGGUUUUGUGUUAUUUUCCUUGACCUGUGUUUGUCACUUCAUAUUCGGUUCAUUAAAAUAAUUAAUAAAGAAUAA